GACCGGCCGAGCUGCAGGGCUGAUCCCAGACGUUCCAGCCUAGGAACCCACUUCGCUUCUUCCUCUUCUUCGCAGCCUUCAAGGAGCUCCAACGUUCUCAGACCAAGAUGGCCAGCAGCGGCUUGCAGAUGCUGGGCUUCAUCCUGGCCUUCAUCGGCUGGAUCGGCAUCGUGGUGAGCACGGCCAUGCCCCAGUGGAAAAUUUCCUCCUACGCCGGGGACAACAUCGUGACAGCCCAGGCCAUCUACGAGGGCCUCUGGAUGUCGUGCGUCAUGCAGAGCACCGGGCAAAUGCAAUGCAAAGUGUUCGACUCCCUGCUGAAACUAGAUGGUCCCCUUCAGGCUACCCGGGCCUUAAUGGUGGUGAGCAUCCUUCUGGGCCUCAUCGCAACCUUUGUUGCCAUGAUCGGAAUGAAAUGCAUGAAGUGUAUGGAGAACGAUGAACCCAAAAAAUUGCUGAUGGCUGUGAUUGGUGGCGUUGCCUACCUGAUCUCAGGAUUUGCAGCCUUGGUGGCCGCAUCCUGGUAUGGAAACCGGGUGGCUCAGGACUUCUUCAACCCUUUCACCCCAGUCAACACCAGAUACGAAUUCGGGCAAGCUCUCUUCGUAGGUUGGGCGGCUGCUUCUCUGGCCAUCUUGGGCGGGGCUUUCCUCUGCUGCUCCUGCCCCCGAAGAGAGACCUCCUACCCUCCCUCCCGGCCGUACCCAAAGAGCGCCCCCUCCGGAGGGAAAGAUUACGUAUAAUACCAGACAGAAGACGGAGCGCAAGUAACUUCCUCGGCAUUGAAGAAGGGACCCCGAGGGACCGUGCCUUCCUGCUUUCCUUCCCAGAGCAGAGGGC